AUGGAAGAGCAUGGAGUCGGCGGCAGCCACGGAGGGCUCAGCUCCCCUCCCGGGCAGCGCUCUGACCGGGGCACCCCGGCCGGGCCCCCGGCCCCGCCCCCGAGCCCUGCCCGCCGCCGGCCGGCAGCCGCCCCCCGCCCGGGCCCCGGCGCCCCUGUCACCCCCUCCCCGGCCCCUUCCUCCCGCGCCCCCCGGCACGCUCCCGCCGCGUUGCGCCAGGCGCAACCCGAGAGCGGGACGCGCCGUCCCGGGAAACCGUCCUCCCGGCGGGAGCAGGCCCGGCCCCGCAACUCCUCCUCUUCCCGGGCUGUUAGCGGAGCGGGCAGGGAUGCGCGGGCCUUCCCGGCCGGGCCCCGAGCCGCCGGCCCGGCGCUCCCGGGGGUCCAGCCCGCCUGUCCCAACGCAGCGGUGGGAAGGAAGCGGGGGAGGGGAAGGGCGCCCGCCGCCGCCUCCCGGCUCCGUCCUCCCGUUCCACGGGCAGGGCGGCUGCCACUCUCCCUCCCUCCCUCCCUUCAGCCCUGCCCCUCCCUCUGCUCCCCGGGCCCGCGGCGGGCAUUUACCUGCCGUGGUGGCGCAGAGCGGGGCCCUGGGGCCUCUGGCAGCCGGAGGAGGCAGCGGACUCCGUCCCGCUGCUGCCGUCCCCGAGUGAGGCGGGCGGGACGGAGCCGGGACCUGCCCCGGGAGGCGUUACGUAAACCGGCGGCGGCGGCGGUUCCAGCGCCACGGGGAGGGAAGGAGGGAGGGAGGGGGCCGGGCCGGCCGCUCCGUCACCCGGCAACGGGACUCAGCGCCCCGGCGGACCGCGCCGCCGGCUCCGCCCCGUAUCCCUCCGCCCAGAGGGCGGCCCGGAUCCCUGAUCGCAGAUCCGUGGGGCUGCGCAGCGCGGGUGGAAAGGGGCUAGCGACCAUCGCGCCGGUGGGCGGGAGGCCCGGGAUGACGGGACCGGUCCGCUCUGCUCUGCUCUGCUGUGCUCCGCACUCAUCCCUGUCCCUAUCUCUGUCGUCUGUAGGGCCCGGGCGCCGGCGAGCCGCCUUCAUGUCGGGGCCGCGGCGCAGGAAGGGCGGGGGGAGGAGGGGAAGUGUCCUUUGCCCUGGUUGUACAGCCUCCCGCCCGCCGGGAGAGCGCCGCGCUGUCCGCCUGAGGAGGGGAGCGGCGGGCGAGGCGCUCGCAAGUCACCGGGCGGGCCCGCGGGGCCGCCGCUGAGGCGGGAGAGCCGGCGGCCGGAAGCACCCGCGCCCUCCGGAGCGCCGUGCCGCCGGGGAGGGGAACACCCAGGCAGGGCCGGCGCAGGAAUGCGAGGGAGGGAGCGGGGGAUAAUGAUGGAGCGUAGCGGUGUUUGUCAUGUGAGGUCCUUUUGAAUUACUCCGAGAGCAAGAGUUCCAAAAUGCAGUAUGUCAUCCAUGUUGGCUCACACUGCUUCUUUUGUGCACAACAUCUUCAGUCAAUGGAACUAAGAUCGCCUUUGAAAACAUGAUCCCCCAGUACCGGAUGUGGUCCCAUUUAGGCCUUUCAACAAGUUAAGUCUGUAUUUAAAAAAUACAUCUCAUAAGAAGCAUGAAUGCAAACAUUGCCUCCCAGCCUAUAUAUUCAUUUCCUGAUACAGAGCAACAUUAUUCUUAUUUUUGUUUUAGCUAGGGUUUGCCAAUUUUGAACAUCCUUAGCGCCUAAUUUAGUCAUAAAUCUGAUUUAGGCUAGCCAAAAGUUAAGUGUGCAAGAUUGUGU